AUGGACCUAUUUAUACAUGCUGGUGCUGUUAGGCUGCUGGGCCUGUGGGUCGGGCCAGGAGUCAGCACAUUGCUGUUGACAGCCAAUCAGAGAUCAGAGUCGUGUAUCUAUAGACCAGCGCUGGAUGUGAAUGUAUAUAUAUAUCCUCGCUCCCAAGGCCUGCGUCCAUCACUCUCUCCAAAGGUCGUCCUGUUUCAGCCUCCAGUUGUAACUGUAAAUCGGAUAAUGUCUCACUCAGGUGCCCAAGGCAGCAUUGGCAGCCACUCUGCCAUGGGGCUGCACAAUCACAAGAUAUACCUCUACGAAUUUGAGAACUUCCAAGGACGCAGGAUGGACCUGUUUGGAGAGUGCCGUAACCUGUGUGAGAAGGGCUUUGAAAGAAUCGGCUCCAUCAGGGUAGAGUGUGGACCGUGGGUAGGUUAUGAGCAGCAGAACAUGUCUGGAGAAAUGUUCAUGCUGGAGAAGGGAGAGUACCCCCGCUGGGACACCUGGUCCAACAGCUACCGCUGCGACAGCAUGAUGUCGGUCCGACCAGUCCGAAUGGACCCCCAGGAUCACAAGAUCUGCCUGUAUGAAUGUAAUAACUUUGAGGGCCGUAAGAUGGAAGUGUGCGACGAAGACAUUCCAAGCUUGUGGUCUUACGGCUUUCAGGACCGAGUUGCCAGCAUUCAGGUCACCGGUGGAACAUGGGUCGGCUACCAGUACCCUGGGUACCGUGGUUUCCAGUAUGUGUUUGAAAUGGGCCCUUAUAAGCACUGGAAUGAGUGGGGUGCAAACCACCCUCAGAUCCAGUCCAUCCGCAGAGUGAGGGACAUGCGGACACACCGCCGAGGCUGCUUCGAGUUCACCGCAUAGAUGAGUCCGGCAAACUCUGGGCCAGCAGGAGUGAAAGGAAUGAGAUGGGGCUUGUAAUGCUGCUAAAACAUCCCUCAAAAAAUUAUUCAUCAGCCGCUUAGCUGCAUAGCUAAUGCCUUUUUGAAUACUGUUCUUGCUUUUACUGGUCAAAUCCGGAAGUACGUAUCACUGUGAAAGACUCCAAAUGGGAAGAGAAAUUUCAUCUGUGAAGCCAAUGAAAACAGUGGGAAUCUCUGUCAACAGACCUCAUAAAAAAUACUUUAUCCAUAGAUAAGGGAGUUGGUAGGGGAAAUAGCUAAAUUUAUUAGUUUGUGUUUAGUAGUUUGUUUCAACAUUAUUUGCAAUCAAAUAAUUGAUAUUAAUUUCUAUUUAUUUUAAUUUGCCUCUGUGUUUUAAGCUGAAACAAUACCAAGAAAACUUUUAAGAGAAAGAACUCUCCCUUUACUUGGACCCACCAACGUUUAAAGAGUAAAGCAAGCAGUCCAUCUGCUCACAAAGUGUUACCAUGGAUAGCUCUCAACUCGGCUCAUGCCCUGCAGUGAGUGUGCAAGGCAGGGGGGGGGCACUGUCAGUUCAUCCCAGAGCAAAGGGCUGGGUGACUGGAGGAAGAUCUGUCUGUGAUACAACAAGAAGAAAGCUGUGCAGGCUUGUGGUUUGCUGAUGUGUAAAUGCCUUAUUGCUGGCCUGUUUCAGCUCACUGAUGGGGCUGUCCAGAUGUUUUACAAUGUCUCAGGGAUGCUGGCAUCUGGAAAGCAACUUUCCAAUGGAAACAAAUUCAAUAAAAGUAUUUUACUUGAAUUUGUUUUUGUUUGACUUUUG